GUUGGUGGGUGGCAAAUGGUGAAUCUUUUAAGCCUAUUUGAAGAUGCUGCUGUGUUCUUCCAAAUAAUUUGCUGAACUUGAGCUGCAACCAGGCUUGCAUACUUACAAAGGUGAAGUCCUUCCUUUAUGACUGGAUUCCAGUAUCUGUUUCUGACUCUUCCAGUACUUAGCUCCUGAGGUGCUAAAGAAGCAGCCGUAUGACAGGACAGUAGACUGGUGGUGCCUUGGAGCUGUCCUCUAUGAGAUGCUUUUUGGACUGCCUCCCUUUUAUAGCCGGGAUGUGUCUCAGAUGUAUGACAACAUUCUCCACAAGCAACUCCAGAUCCAAGGAAGCAAGACUGUGGCAGCCUGUGAUAUCCUCCAUGGACUUCUCCACAAGGACCAGAAGAGGAGGCUGGGUGCCAAAACAGACUUUCUUGAGAUAAAGAACCACGUAUUCUUCAGCCCAAUAAACUGGGAUGACUUGUACCACAAGAGGAUUACCCCUCCAUUCAACCCUAAUGUGGCUGGCCCAUCUGAUCUGCGGCACUUUGACCCAGAAUUCACCCAGGAAGCCAUCUCUGCCUCCAUCACCCACACACCUGACUUAGCAGCCAGCAGCUCCAGUGCCUCAGAUGCAUUUUUAGGAUUUUCUUAUGCACCAACUGAAGAGGACUUCUAGAUUUUAUAAAGGCUUUGAGAAGCCAGAUUUUAACUGAAUGGAAUUUUAUGUUUGCUGUUAUUGUUGUGGCUUUCCUCGUUUCAGUUUUUGAAAGGAAUGGUAAUGUCACUUGCUCACGGUUUAAGGAAAUUGGGACUAAUACACUAACUGGUUGGGAUGGAACAGAGCUCUUAAUUUGUGCUGUUUGGUGGAUUUGCCUCUAAAUGUGUGUUCCUCGAGCAAGGAAAGUGAGACACUAAUAAUUAUCGCUGUACUACUUGGUAGGAUUGUAUUCACUGUGGUUGUAUUUAUGACUAAGAUGUGUACCAUCACUCACAUCACAGCCACAUCUCUGUAACAGGUCAUUUCUAUGGUGUGGAGCUAAUGCUGCCUUGUAACAAAGGGAAACUCUUCACAGCACUGCAGUGGGAAGAUCAGUGGCUUCUUCCUUUGAAGUAGGAUGCUCUCAUCUGAACGGCUGGGAAAAGGACAAUCUGAUCACAGGAGCAAGGCUGGAGAUACAGCAGGGUAGUUCAGCAAGCCUCUGCCUAGGGCAAUAAAAAAUCUCGUUGGAUUUCAGUACUUCAGAGCGGAAAUGAGGAGGUGAAUGGACGCCUCUGGAGAAGCAGAGCUGCCUUGAUGGAAGGAAGGAGGGAGCGCUGCUGAUGGGAGGACACAGCAGCCUCGUGCUGGGCCGAGCAGCCGUCAGUUACUGCUGGCAGGGCUGCGGAUCCUGUGCUGUGACCUCUCAAAAGCUGCUCCUCGGCAGCAGCAGAAGCCUUCCGGUGCCCGCCUUGCUCUGAUGAUGCCUGUCGCGAUGCGCGCACGAUAUUUGUUCUGCCUUAAUUUAAAUGCCGGUAUACUGCUUGAGCGUCACUUCCCCCCUUUCUUUCCUCGAGUCCUUUUCUUACUGCUGCUGGGAGGAGGAAAAAGGGGGGCGAGUGCUGUUCGCGCUGUGGGAAGCUCGUACGGGACCGUUUCUCUUGUAUGUGCAGCAGCCGCCACAACUACCACACGGUUUCAAUUAAAGCGCAAUGCACCCCC